AUGCGGCUGCGCACAUGGCUGUUCGGCCUGCUACUGUUAUGUCUUUGCGUAGCAGUAGCGGCGCAGGAUGACACGACAUGCAGUGCAACCAGACGCUGUAAGAACGGUUGCUGUAACAAAUCCGGCAACUGUGGCUUUGGCCCUGAUUAUUGCGGAACCAACUGUCGAUCGGACUGCGAUCGCAAAUCGGAGUGUAAUCCUGGAUUCGGCUCUAAAUGGGCCGAAAACGACAAAUGCCCUCUCAAUGUCUGUUGCUCCAAGCACGGAUAUUGCGGCACCACUAAAGACUUCUGUGGUUCAAAAAAGGUUAAGAAGCCCAGCUGCAGUAAGACUGGCGAUGUCUCUCGAGUUAUUGGAUACUUUGAGGGAUGGGCGAAAGCCCGUCCUUGCGAAGCCUUCUCUCCCGAGCAGAUUCCGAUCGGACUUUAUACGCACAUUAAUUUCGCUUUCGCUACCAUCGAUCCCAAGACCUUCGAGAUUAAACCCGAUAAAGAAUCCGACAUCCGAAUGUACAAGCGUCUUACCGAACUCAAGAGACUGGAUCCUGAGCUCAAGGUCUACAUCGCAGUUGGCGGCUGGACCUUCAACGACCCAGGUCCAACCGCAUCUACGUUUUCCGACCUUGCGGCAUCUCUUCCCCGUCAAAGAGCCUUUAUGAAGUCUCUUGUUUCGUUCAUGAGUACCUACGGAUUCGAUGGCCUAGACUUGGACUGGGAAUACCCUGUCGACACAGACAGAGGCGGUCGUGCGGUCGACUUUGCCAAUUUUCCCAAGUUCAUGGAGAGGCUCAAGAGCAUGAUGGAUUCCGCGGACAAAGGUCUCAGUAUCACGCUGCCUGCAUCAUAUUGGUAUCUGAGACAAUUCGACAUCAAGAAGCUCGAAAAAACGGUUGACUUCUUCAACAUUAUGUCCUACGACUUGCAUGGUGCCUGGGAUCAAGGCAAGAACUACACCCAACCCUUUCUCAAUGCUCACAGCAACCUUACGGAGAUCGAUCUUGCCCUCGACCUGCUCUGGCGCAACAACAUCCAGUCGGACAAGGUGGUCCUCGGCAUGGGCUUCUACGGUCGUGCUUUCUCGGUCCAGUCUGGGACCUGCACCAAACCCGGUUGCCUAUUCAAGGCAGCGGGCAAGGCUGGUGACUGUAGUCGCGAGAAGGGCAUCCUGCUGAACUCGGAGAUUGUGACUACUAUCAAGAAGUACAACAUCAAGCCCGAGUUCUUCAAGGAGGAGGCUGUCAAGGUCGCCAAAUGGGGCAAUCAGUGGGUUUCAUACGAUGACGAGGACACGUUCAAGCUGAAGACUGACUAUGCGAAAUCUCGAUGUCUCGGAGGUGUCAUGGUAUGGGCUAUAUCACAUGAUACCAAAGAGGCGAGGUUCAACAAAGCAUUGGCCUUAUCACUGAACCGAAAAACCACAUCGGGCGACUUUGACCCGAAAGAGAAGGCAUACGAGAUCAAGAAGAUUCCCAACGAGCAAUGUCGCUGGACCAACUGCAAGGAGGGAUGUCGCAAGGGCUGGGUGCCUGUCCCUCGCAGCGACUCAGGUGCGCGCAAGAACGAGAUCAUGUUCGACGAGACGGGCUGUGGCGGUGACGGCGGCCAUACCUUCUGCUGCCCUGCGGGAUCUACAAAGAUGCCCACGUGCGGCUGGUACGGGCAUAACAAUGGGCGCUGCCCGGUUCGGAGCGAGUGCCCAAGCGAUAUGACCGAAAUCGCUUCCAACGAGAUUUACUGCAAGAAGCAGAAAGGCUCGAAGAAGCAGAACUUUCAGACAGCCUGCUGUAAGACCGACGUCGUGGGUACAAAGGUCUAUGGCACUUGCGAAUGGGGUCAGUAUCCGAAGUGCGAUGCUCAGGAAGGAUGUCCCAAUCCCCUCGGCAACAAGAAGAUGGGGUCUCUGUUGGCAUACUCGGCCUCGGGAUCUGGUGGUGGCAACUGCGACGACGCAAAGAACGAGCUCGGCCUCAAUGUUCCCGGCGUGCAGUACCGCAAGUUCUGCUGUAACGACAGCGACAAGAACCUUCGCUUCACAGAUUGCCAAAAGUUUAGGAAUGUUGGACCAGUACCGGACGUCAUGCCGAGGGAUUUCUGCCGCAGUGGUUGUCCUCCCGAUCGCAUCCAGGUUGCUAUUGACACUCAGGUCGAUACUUGUGCUAUCGCCGGGGUCGGGGGAAUGGCCCAUUGCUGCAAGACCGACUAUGCCGAGAUUUUUGAGGUCGAGAAUCCCAAGAUUGACGCAUUUGAGAACGACGUCAAGGCAUGGAUCAAGAAUCCAACUUGUCCAAAAGACGACGGCGGUCUUUUCAAGCGUUUUGAUCCGCUAAACGACACUACGAUGGUUUCGUCGCUUUCCAUGGAUUUAUCCCCGAGGGCUAAAGAAAUGGAGGAUUCGUACGACUUGGUUAUAUUGCUGGCCCGACUUAUCGCGGGCUUGGUCUCCAAAGAGGUGGCGGAGGCACUCACGCCGAAAUGGAAUCUUGUUGUGGAGGAAGAGUAUCCGAACUUGGUGGUGAGGACCCUUCAAGAAGCGAAGAAUUCAGUACCUGAGUGGGAGGACGAGGAUCCCGAGGUCAUGUCGCGCGUCACUAUAUGCGAUCCUAAACGGGCCAACGCCAGGAUCGCUGCCAUUCUGGGGAAGGGUAGUGAUGGAAGGACAUUGGCAUUUAACUGUACAAAUACCAUAUGUCAGAACGGCGUUUGCGAGCCUUUUACCCCUGAGGCAGCCAGGAGGCGGCGUGGCCUAUCAACGAGUAGGGCCUCGCAUUCAGCUGCACACCUCCAUUACCACUUGCAUGCUCGACAAGCAGGUGCAGAACAUAAUGAGGUGCCUCUCAGGGAUAGAGGCGGGGGUGAAGCGACAAUUGAAUACAACAUUCCCGCUGUGCUCAAAAGAUUACGAAGUGGAGCUCAAUCUACUUACCAUGGGAUACCUGUAAGGUUUUGGGAAGAGGCGCUACGACUCGGGGAACUGCAUGGCGGUUUCCCUGAUAUUGAUGGCCGCGGCGUCCCCUUCGAUAAUCAAAAUGUGUUGACUCGUAUUUUCGAGUGUCUUGGCAGUCAGACCAACUUUCGAAACUUUGUCAUCAUCGUAGGACCCAUCAACUCUAUAAAGGCCAGGGUUAUGCAACUCUUUGCCCCUGUCGCGGAAAAUCGGCUUGAAACUUAUGACACAGACCGCUUGAUGUCACAAAUUCGAACAGUCAUUUCAUUGUUUGAAUACAUGGGCUCCGAAGAAGGAGACGAGAACGGCGAGACCGUCAAAACGAAGAUCAACAAAAUCGUCAACAACAUCGUGAACCAGUUAGAUCACGCGCAAGAUCUUUGGAAUAAUGAACAUCCGGGUCGCCCUGUCCCAGCGGUUAAGUUUUUCGUGGAGUGGCUAAAAGACUACUUCGAGGAGGCAGGAAGACUUGCAAGAGCGUGGCUUCGCGAGGCCAUAGCUCAGCUUAGAGAAAGGCAGAGAGCGGCUUCGGGUGCCAGAGCGGAAGAGAUUAGGCUGGCUAUUGUUUCUUUUGAGAGUCAGAUGACCUUUGUGCGCAUCGUAACGGACUGGGACAUCCCUUUGUUGGAGGAUGAAGACGAAAUGAGUACCGGGUCAGAUUGA